GUUCAGUUUGCAUCAGUUGAUCAACAUACUCACGAUGGGAAAGAUCAUCUUCUUUGAGGACAGGAACUUUCAGGGUCGCUCCUACGAGGGCAGCUCUGACUGUUCAGAGUUAAACUCAUUCUUCAGCCGCUGCAACUCCAUCCGAGUGGAGAAUGGAAACUGGAUGAUAUAUGAGCGCCCCAAUUACACUGGACACCAAUAUUUUGUGAAACAGGGCGAAUAUCCAGACUGCCAGCACUGGUCUGGACUGAGUGACUCAAUCAGGUCCUGCCGUCUGAUACCACAGCACCGUGGCUCUUAUAGAAUCAGGAUCUACGAGAAGGAGGACUUCCGAGGUCAAAUGAUGGAGUUCACUGAAGAUUGUCCCCAUGUGAAUGAGGAAUUCAAUUAUCAUGACAUCCACUCCUGCAAUGUGCUUGAAGGAAACUGGAUCUUCUAUGAACAGCCCAACUACAGAGGACGUCAGUAUCUUCUGAAAACUGGAGAAUACAGGCGUUUCACUGACUGGGGCGCCAUGAAUGCCAGAAUUGGAUCAUUUAGACGCAUUGCUGAUUCAUAUUAAAAAAGAAAAAAAGAUUAGAUUUUUCCACGUGCUUAAACUCAUUGCUAUUUACCUAAUAAAUUCAUUUUCCUUCAAGUU